AUGACGGCUGCGGAAUUUUCAUCCUUUGAACAUUCAAUUGUUGGAAUAACAUAUAUGGUAAUCGGUAUUUCUGGAACACUCCUUAGUUUACUGGUAGCUUUAACAUUCAUACGUGAAAAAGGUUUAUUUAAAUAUGGUCGAGCAUGGCUACAUAUCAGUUUAGCAAUAGCUAAUGUUGGCGUUGUAGGAGCUUUUCCCUUCUCUGGUUCGUCCAGUUUUAGUGGAAGGUGGUUAUAUGGAAGUGGAAUGUGUACUUUUUAUGGCUUUAUUGGAAUGUUCUUUGGAAUAGCUGCUAUUGGAAAUGUGUUUGCUCUUUGUGUUGAAAGAUAUCUUGUUUCUAAAAAGAAAGAUUCUGUUGAUAAAGUAUCAAAUCAGUUCUAUUGGAUGAUCACAGCAUUAGUGUGGAUUAAUGCAUUUUUCUGGGGUAUUAUGCCAGCACUAGGAUGGACCAGCUAUGACAUCGAACCAUCUGGAACAUCUUGUACUAUUAAAUGGCAGAACUAUGAUAGUGGUUAUCCUAGUUUUAUGGCCAUGUUGAGUUUAACAUGUUUUCUUAUACCACUACCAGUUGCCCUAAUCUGCCUUAUACUGUCUGGCACUGAUAAAAUUACCGAAGAUAAGGAAGAAAAAACAUAUUUUAGAGAAGACCAACUACGAUCGACUUGUACGUUCCUUCUGAUAUUGGCUCUUAUAGGUUGGGGACCGUACUGUUUCAUUUGUAUCUGGGCCUUAUUUGCGGAUACAACACAAGUUUCUAUGUUAGCUGCAGUGAUACCACCCUUAGCUGCCAAGACCAUGGUACUACUCUAUCCCGUAGCCUAUUGCCAGGGAAACAAAAGAUUCAAGAACGCCUUUCUUGGGAUGUUCAUUUUCAACGAAUCACCAAAACAACAAUAG